AUGGCUCCUCAUGACCUGGAUGAGGGUAGAAUGUCAGAUUUACUGUCGUCGUCUCUUUUGCGAGCCUCCUCGAUCAUCAUCCGUCACUCGACCUUUUCUAUCGCUAUCGCACUGAACCUGUUUGCCUUUCUCCUAUUUCGAUAUCUGAACAGCCCAUGGCGUAGAUUGCCCCCGGGCCCUACUGGGUAUCCACUCAUCGGAAGCGCGCUCAGGUUCUUUGACCCUUCUUGGUUAGUCGGAGAGUCUCCUAAGUAUGGAGAUAUCGUGUAUCUGAACGUCGCGGGACGGCCGACCGUGAUACUAAACACUCAGAAGGCAGCGACGACUCUUCUUGACCGACGCUCUUCGAACUACUCUGGGCGCCCGCGCAUGAUCGUGGCCAACGAGAUCAUGUGUGACAACAAGUUCCUGGUACUAGAACCGUUCAAUGACAGGUUCCGCCAAAAGCGCCGUGCUAUCCAUGAAGGUUUCAACAAAUCUGCCAGCAGCCGCUUCCAACCCGCACUCGAGGAAGACGCGAUCCGCCUUGCAUCAUCGCUCACACAAGACGCAGAAGCUUUCAGAAAGUACUAUCAUACCUUCGCUUGCUCGAUGGUGCUCGGUGUCACGUAUGACCGUCCACUGCUCGGGCGACCAGAAGAUGAACAGCUGCGUGAGCGUAUCGAGGCUUUUGUGAAGAGAGCCCAGGAGACGACCGCCCCUGGGGCGUACUACGUUGAACUCCUUCCGUGGAUGAAGUACCUGCCCGCAUGGAUGGCCAAGUGGAAACGGGACGCGCUCGCUACCCGCCGUGAAACGACGUCGUUCUUCAUGGAACUCAAGGACGAGGUAGCCACUCGGAUGGUCCGUGGAUUGGUACGGCCUUGCCUUGCGGCUACGAUGCUUGAAGAUGCGGGGCGUUUUCAGUUGUCCGCCCUUGAGACGGCAUGGGCGGCUGGGUUCAUGUAUACGGCAGGGUCGAGUACCACCUCCACUAUGCUUGAGUUCUGGACCCUCGCCAUGGUCGCCUUCCCAAACAUACAGAGGAAAGCACAAGCUGAGAUCGACACUGUGGUUGGUCGUGGACGGUUACCAACUUUCUCGGAUCGAGCACACCUUCCAUAUACGACUGCGCUUCUACGUGAGGUAUUGCGCUGGCGCACAGGCCUUCCGUUCGGUGUUCCACACACUUCGGAAGCCGAUGACUAUUACGAGGGCAUGUUCAUCCCCAAGGGAACAGUCUUGCUCGCAAACAUCAUGCCAUGCAAUCAGGAUCGCGCCGUAUAUGGCGAUGACGCGCACGUCUUCAACCCGGAAAGACAUCUCGACCAGUCUGGGCAGCUUGCUCCUGCGCCUGCCUUUACCAAGGACCACGGCCACGUCUCAUUCGGUUUCGGGCGACGGAUUUGUGUUGGACAACACGUCGCCAUGGACGCCCUCUUCAUCGCGACUACGAUGCUUCUCUGGAGCUUCACACUCGAGAAAGCAAAAGGCGCCGACGGACAGGAGAUAGAGGUAGACGCCGAAGGCUACAACGAUGCUGGACUACUCUUAGCACCAAAGGAUUUCGAAUGCGCCAUCCGACCGCGAUUCGCAGACGUGGACGCUCUCUUGUCAACGGAGAAAGAACGACACGCAUAG